CGAAGGCCAGAAAGGGCCAACCUCACCGCCCAGAAAUCCUCACCUGGGGGUGGCCGGCGCGGGAGAGGCGGCCCCCUCCGGCUGGAAGCUCACGCAACUUUUCCCCUCCCCACCCCCACCGCCGAGGAAAGGGAUGUUGCUCCCGACGCCCCGGAAGCCUCUGCCACCGAGUCCCCUGAGCAGUGGAAGGCCUCGGCGGCAGCCAGGGCCGGAAAAAGCGACGGCAGAGGACUCGGAGCUGAAACCAUCACACUGGACCGCGCCUGGGGAGGGAAGUAAAUCAGCAGCCGCCCGCAGAGAACUCAGCAAAAAGGAAAAUAAAAGAGGAAAAGGGGAGUUCCUCAGGGCGUACCCCUGUCCAGCUUCCUUAAAGGCCGGCGGGUGGGAUAGCAAGACCCCCAUUACCCGCCCAGACCCCUGCCUCCCCCGCCCGCGCGGGCUCGCUCCGGGCCUAGGCGGCCGCCCGAGACCUCACUUACCCUCGGCGCCUGGCGGGUGCUCUGGCCUCGGGCCGCCUCCGCCUCUCCCGCUCCCAGCGGCCCCCGGACGGGCGGGAGCACAGGGCCGGCCGCUGCACGAAGGACGGCAAGAGGCUCCGCCACCGUCAGAACCCGCGACUCAGCUCUCGGUAAAUAGGAAACCGGUGGAGGGGGGAGGAGCGGCGGCACCGCAACUUCCCUCCCCGCCUGGAGCGCCGCCGCCCGGGCCCGGGCCUAGGCCUCCCUGGCCGCUGCCGCCGGAGCGGGUACCGGAGUCCGCUACGUGCCCCCGCUGGGCCGCCGCCGCCUCCAGCGCCGCCGCUUCCGCCAGUGAAUGGUCAGCGCUGGAGUUUGAACAGGGCCCUGAACCAUCUCAACGCCAUUUGCGCUCCCGGCCCCCACCUCCUUCCUCCAACAGCCGCUCGCUCCGUCACUCCGCUUCCCACAGGCCCCGCGCGGCCGCCCGACCCCGCAGCCAAUCGCGCGGCCGCUUACUCAAACCGCCGCGCAGGCGCCGCGCCCCGCAUGCUCUGGCGCCCGCCAUUGGCCCGGCCGCGGGGACCGACGGGACUUGUAGUCAGCGUCCGGGAGGUCGAGCUGUCGAGAGCUGGGCGCGGGAGCGGGCGGCGGGAGGAGUGUUGGCGGCGGGCCUGGCCCGUCCGGGCCCGGGAGCCAGUUCCAGUUCCCGGCCCCGCCGGGAGACGCAGGUGCAGCGGGGGAAGGCCGGGGGCGCAGUGCAGGCAGCUGUGUCAAUCGUUUCCCCUCCAGGGACCCGCCGGUGUCUAGGGACGGUGGGUUGUGCAGCUGCGCUAGGCCUGCUGGGGCCGCCGCCCCGGAGCGGGGAGGCGGGGAGCUCGCGGCUCGGAGCCGCCCUCGACCCGGCCUGGCCAGUGCUGGCCCGGCGCAGUGAGAAGCCUGCCCCUUCUUCCACAAUUGGAUAUUUACUUUGCACCCAGAGGGUACCAAGUUCCUUCAAUAUAUUCAGGAUGGGGGAGGGGGAGAACAUGAAGAACCUACUCUGCAUCAGGUGUGAUGCCAGGCUCUUCCGGAAGGCUUCAUUUGCAUCCCUGCCUGUUAUCCCUGUUUUACAGGUGAGAAAAUGGAGGAUUGGCAUCUGCUCAAGUGAGGGCAAAAAUCUUUGCCUGCCUUGUUUUCUGCUGUAUCCCUGCCGCCUCCAAGAGUGUGUGGCACAUAGAUAAUUGGAAUAUGUUCUCCAGAGAUAGUGACAUCCUUUGGGCAAUAAACUGCUGUCUAGGUAGUUGAACGACAAAGCAAGGGAAAUUCCUUGGGGACAUGUUGCCUGACAAGGAUUGGUACCCAGCAACCUCUAACCCUUGUCUCGAAACAGCCCUCCUCUCCCCAGGGUCCUCACCCCUAAUGCUCUAUGAUACCCCUCCCCCCCAACAAAAACCCUCCUGGAGCUUCCCAUCACCAAGACUAAAAUCCAAAAUCCUUAUCAUGGCCCUGCAUGAUCUGGCCCCUGACUACUCCUAUCCCUAUUCUUUCCCACUUUGCCAAGCCUGCUUCUGUCUACUUCUAGAACCUGCCAAAUGAGCUCUUGCCUCAGGGCCUUUGUACAUGCUGUUCCCUCCACUAGUCCUGGAGAUAUGCACAGGACUCACUCCCUUGCCUCUGUCAGGUCUUCACUCACAUGUCUCCUCAGUAGUGCCUACCCUGAUGCUAUUUAAAUUAAACCCCCCACUUUUCCAUCCCAGCCCUUCGUAUCUCUCCCUGUUAUUUUUCUCUGUAGGAGUCAUCAUGUUUGUUUUACAUAUUAACUUGUUUAUUAUCUAUUUCCUUCUACUAGGAUAUAAACUCUGUGAGGACAGGGGUUGUUGACUUGUUCCCUGCUGUAUGCCCAGCACACCUAGAAUCGUACCUUACAUGCAGAAAGUGUGCCAUAAAUAUUUUUGACUGCAUACCUCCUAAAUAUGUUCAACUCUUCUAUAUCUUUACUAGUUUUUUGUGUGUGCCUGGCCUAUCAAUAAUUGCACAAGGUACAUUGAAACCUCCCACUAUAAGAGUAAUUUUGUCAAUUUCUCCCUAUAGUUCUAUUUUUGUUUUUAUAUUUUGAGGAUAUUUUAUUGGGCACAUACAAGUUUAGCAUUGUUAUAACUUCCUGGUGGAGUUGAAAGCUUUUUAAGUAUAAUGGAAGAUUAGUUGCAAAAAUCACCCAAAUUUUCCCUUCCUCCCUGAAUGCACACCUUUUGCAAUGUGACUUUGCAGCUCCUCCCAGAAACUGGGCUGGCUUUGUAACUUUUGAUGGCCAAGAGAAUGUGGCAGAAGUGAUGUAGUUCUGAACCUGAGC